AAUUAUACAAUAAUUGUACAGAAUCCUUGCUUACAAGUAAAACCACCAGUUCACGUGGAAAUAAGAACCACAAAUUAUCCAUGUGAAAUAAGACAUGUUCCUGGACUAGUAAACAAAUUCACUUGUCUUGAACGUGUCAGACAAGCGGCAUCGCAUUGUGAAAAGCAAUUGAAGCCGUAUUGUGAUCGUAUACCCUACAAUAAAGAAGAUGUAUUCGAAUUAGCACGGAAACACUGUGAAAAUUAUGUUGACCUACACAUGACACGUUCCAUUUUUGGAUCUAAUGCAGUCCACGUGAAACUGAGAAACCGAGAAACUCGAGUAGAAAUGGAAAAAGGAAAUAAAAUACCAGAGAGUUUGAUCAAAUUUUUCCAAGUCGAAUUACCUUGUGGAGAUAAUUGUCCGUUAAACACAAUGGAAAAUUGUCAGAUGCCUGGUGAUAGUCUCCCAUUUAAAUUCAUAUUAAAUUUACUCAUUUUAACCCGAUAUCUAAGUAAAGUUUUCAACUCUUAUGGUGUUCCAAUCUCACCCAGCGAUAGAAAUAACCAACGGUUCAGAUUCCAAUGCACCCAAUUAGACCAUCGAGUAUAUGCCAAGGUUACCAUCUCCGCUGCUACUGAUGAUAAUUUAAAAAGAGGAUAUUUACAGUUGAUGAAACUCUUAAACAAUUGUCCAGUGAAGGGCAGGGUAAGAGAAAAUCACUGUAGCAUUUGCUUCCGCUUCAGUCAUUCGGAAAAGGAUUGUACUUUCUGCGCCGCUUGUCUGGAAGGUGAUCAUCUAAUUGCUGCCUGUCCCUGGUUGCAGAAAGAAAAGCCUGAGCAACCCAGAGUUAACCUUAUAAUCUCGAACUCAAAACGACACGAUUAUCGACAAAAAGAUAGAGUCGAUCAUCCUAUCUUCUGGAAAAACAUUGGCAAUAUAGAUUUCAAGGUUCUGGAUAAAUUAACUCCCAUUGGUCCAGAAAAUAACAUGAAAAGAACCUUAGCCAUCUACACCGAAGGUCUCUCUUCGGAUGGAAAAGCUCACCUGGUAGUUCUUGCCGCUUGGUUCACUAGCGCUUCGGUCAUCUACAGCGACUUCGUUAAACAUACCGACAUCAAUUACCUUACCAUCUCCAGUGUCCAAGCUCAACAAAUCAAAAAUGGUAAUCCAGUGGAAGAAAUCAAAAAGAACAUCCUACUUGCGUGUGCAGAUAAAAGAGUCUUGAUAUUUGACUCUCAUGAUAAGGAGCUUCAAAAAAUUGGAAUCACAUCGGCUGAUUUAAAGGAAUGGAAGAUUGAGGUGGUAAAUGUCCAACACCUGUUUGGAGGUUCGGCGCUACACAAAUUGGUUCGGUUCUACUUUCCAUCUUCACAAGAACUAAAAAGAGAUAGUGAUAAUCCAAUGAAUGGUCACAAUCCUGCUCUUGAUGCCUGUUUUACUAUAAAGUUAUACCGAAAGUAUUUGAGCUUCGUAAAAGAAAAUGAACACAUUCCAGCUCCUGAUGAAGUCUCAUCCUUCGUGAAGAACUUUAAACAUUGGGAAGAGGACAAUAAAUUCAUCCAAAUUCUGAAUAAACCAUGUUCUUCAUCAUGGUCUUCUCAAGAUCAACAAGGACCAUCCCCUUCUUCUACAAUAGGCUUUACACGAAGUACCAGUCAAGUUAAAACAACAUCGAGAUCCAUUGAUCAAGUUGGUUCAAGAAAGAGAAAAAGGAAAUCCAAUAAAGGAUUCAAAUUACCUUCCAGUGAUAGCACCGACUGA